GGCGGCUAGAGCGUCCCUCCCCAGUUCGAAUGCCGGGCGGCCGUGGCGGCUAGAGCGUCGCUCCUCAGCUCGAAUGCCCGGCGGCCGAGGCGGCUAGAGCGUCGCCUCCUCCCGGGGAACCGCGUGUGACCUUCCAAGCCGCGGACCGAUGCUACCGGUGGCCGCUCGCCCCCUGUGGGGGCCUUGCCUUGGACUUCGGGCUGCGGCCUUCCGCCUUGCUAGGCGACAGGUGCCAUGCGUCUGUGCCAUGCGACAUAUGAGGAGUAGCGGCCAUCGGAGGUGUGAGGCGCUUGCUGGUGCACCCCUGGAUAACGCCCCCAAGGAGUACCCCCCCAAGAUUCAGCAGCUGGUCCAGGACAUCGCCAGCCUCACUCUCCUGGAAAUCUCAGACCUCAACGAGCUCCUGAAGAAAACGUUGAAGAUCCAGGAUGUCGGGCUUGUGCCGAUGGGUGGUGUGAUGCCUGGGGCUGUCCCUGCUGCAGCAGCCCAGGAGGUAGUAGAAGAAGAUAUCCCCAGAGCGAAAGAACGGACACAUUUCACCGUCCGCCUGACUGAGGCGAACCCCGUGGACAAAGUGAAGCUGAUCAAAGAAAUCAAGAACUACAUCGAGGGCAUCAACCUCGUCCAGGCAAAGAAGCUGGUGGAGUCCCUGCCCCAGGAAAUCAAAGCCAAUGUCGCCAAAGCUGAGGCAGAGAAGAUCAAGGCGGCCCUGGAAGCGGUGGGCGGCACGGUGGUUCUGGAGUAGCUCCAGCUCAGAGGACUUGUAUUCAGGGGUCCCUGGUGCCCUGGCGAGGUCCCGCCCUCCUGUGGCCACUGGCUCCACCCCUAGCACCAGGCGCCCACUGGAGCCGUUUGGGAGAACCCCCUGCACCAUGCAGUGGGGCCGGACAGGCCGCACAGACCUAACUGUGGCGGGCGGGAGGGGCGGGGCGGCUGCUGCCUGGUGACGGCACCAGGAGGCCCACCAGGACGUGCCACCGGUAAAUGUGCCUCUGGUGGCUGCUGAGAAAAAUACACUGUGCAGCUCAG